CCUCAAUCCCUUGGAAUGCUCAUCAAUAAGUAGAACCGUUCUAUAUAUUUGUAAUGUGGAUAUGGUUCGUUGAUUGAAAACGAAUCUUGUUAUUUGAACAGACAUUACAGUUAAAUCAGGAGACUGAGUUAAUAUUACCGAUGGAAGUUACGGCAGGGAGGCCUGGACUCGGGACAUGCUGGGAAUGUACAGUAUUGACACAUUUAAAAAGACGGGAAAUGUGAUGUUAUCAAAGUGCACCGCAAGGGACGAGAAACUGACGGGAAAUUGUGUAACGAAGAGACCUUACUGCAUUGCAAGCCAUUGCGUAAUAGCAGGCAGUGUUAGGGUUAAAAAAAAGGUGGGGUGCAGGAUGCUGUGACGUAAACGGAGGCUUGGCAGGGAUGGGAGGCAUCAGUGAAUGGACCACAUUGUAGAAGAACGAGAGGAGUGAGGGCAAAAAGCCGGUAAUCGCGGAGAGACACAGAGGGAAGGGAGCACUGCCAGGGGAGAACGUCUGACUUGCCACCAUCAGAGGCAAGCUUAUUAACUAACAGCCAUGAUAGCCUCCCAUUUACUAGCCUACUUCUUCACUGAACUCAACCAUGACCAAGUGCAGAAGGUUGACAAGUACCUUUAUCACAUGCGCCUGUCAGAUGAGACGCUCUUGGAAGUGUCAAGCCGAUUUGGGAAGCAGAUGGAGAAGGGGCUCAGUGCGGACACAAAUCCCACCGCCUGCGUGAAGAUGCUGCCCACGUUUGUGCGAUCCACCCCAGAUGGGACAGAGAAUGGAGAUUUCUUGGCCCUCGACCUGGGAGGAACCAAUUUCCGAGUGCUACGCGUCAAGGUUUGUGAUAACGGGAUGAAGAAAGUAGAGAUGGAGAACCAGAUAUACGCCAUUCCGGAGGACCUGAUGCGGGGCAGUGGGAUGCAGCUGUUUGACCAUAUUGCUGAAUGCCUGGCCAACUUCAUGGAAAAGCUACACAUUAAAGACAAGAAACUGCCUCUUGGGUUCACGUUCUCCUUUCCUUGUCAUCAGAGCAAGCUAGACGAGAGCAUUCUGGUGAACUGGACCAAGGGAUUCAAAGCUAGUGGGGUUGAAGGAAAAGAUGUUGUUACCUUGUUGAGGAAAGCAAUCAAGAAACGUGGGGACUUUGAUAUUGAUAUUGUGGCAGUGGUCAAUGACACCGUGGGAACCAUGAUGACCUGUGGAUAUGAUGACCACAACUGCCAAAUCGGACUUAUCGUUGGUACCGGCACCAACGCGUGUUACAUGGAAGAUAUGCGUCACAUUGAUCUGGUGGAGGGCGACGAAGGCCGCAUGUGCAUAAAUAUGGAGUGGGGGGCAUUUGGGGACGAUGGAUGUCUGGAUGACAUUAGGACUGAGUUUGAUCGAGAAAUCGACAGAGGCUCCUUAAACCCAGGCAAACAAUUGUUUGAGAAGAUGAUCAGCGGGAUGUACAUGGGAGAGCUGGUGAGACUCAUCCUGGUGAAGAUGGCUAAAGAAGACCUACUCUUUGAAGGCAGGAUUACAGCUGACCUCUUGACCACUGGACAUUUUGAAACACGCUUUGUCUCAGCCAUUGAGAAGGAUAAAGAAGGGAUACAGAAAGCCCAUGAGAUCCUAAGCAAACUGGGACUGGAACCAUCCCAGGAGGACUGCGUGGCCACUCACCGGAUCUGUCAGAUUGUGUCCAGCCGCUCGGCCAGCCUGUGCGCGGCCACGCUUGCUGCUGUACUCCAACGGAUCCGGGAGAACAAGGGAGUGGAAAGGCUGAAAUCCACAGUGGGAGUCGAUGGAUCGGUGUACAAAAAACACCCACAUUUUGCCCGGCUCCUUCAUAAGACCGUUCGCCGUUUGGUACCAGAAUGUGACAUCCGAUUUGUCCGCUCGGAGGAUGGCAGCGGGAAGGGGGCGGCCAUGGUGACGGCGGUUGCCUACAGGCUGGCUGACCAGCAGCACGAAAGGGAGAAGACCCUCGAAGCCUUAAAUCUGAGCACAGAACAGCUCUUGGAGAUUAAGAAAAUAAUGAGGAUUGAGAUGGAGAGAGGGCUGCGCGAAGAGACCCACGACAGCGCAACAGUUAAAAUGCUUCCCACCUAUGUGCGCUCGACCCCCGAUGGCACAGAGAAGGGAGACUUCCUGGCGCUAGAUCUUGGAGGCACAAAUUUCCGUGUGCUUUUGGUGCGUGUUCGGAAUGGCAUGCGACGUGGAGUGGAAAUGCACAAUAAAAUCUACUCAAUUCCCCAGGACAUCAUGCAGGGGACAGGCGAGGAGCUUUUUGAUCACAUUGUUCACUGUAUCGCUGAUUUCCUGGAGUACAUGGGAAUGAAAGGAGUGUCACUGCCGCUCGGAUUUACCUUUUCUUUUCCCUGCCACCAGAACAGCCUGGACGAGGGUAUUCUUUUGAAAUGGACAAAAGGCUUCAAGGCAACGGGCUGUGAAGGCGAAGACGUUGUUAAUCUGCUAAAGGAAGCUAUCCACAGACGAGAGGAAUUUGACCUGGACGUGGUUGCCAUAGUAAAUGAUACAGUGGGCACAAUGAUGACCUGCGGUUAUGAAGACCCUUAUUGUGAAAUGGGACUUAUUGUCGGUACUGGAAGCAAUGCGUGUUACAUGGAAGAGAUGCGGAAUGUGGAACUUGUGGAAGGACAGGAAGGUAGAAUGUGCAUUAACAUGGAGUGGGGAGCGUUUGGAGACAACGAUUGCCUGGAGGAUUUCCGUACCGAAUUCGACAGGGCUGUGGAUGAACUGUCCCUUAACCCCGGAAAGCAGAGGUACGAGAAGAUGAUCAGCGGCAUGUAUCUGGGGGAAAUCGUCAGAAAUAUUUUGAUAGACUUUACCAAACGAGGGCUUCUCUUCAGAGGAAAGAUUUCCGAAAGACUCAAGACAAGGGGCAUCUUUGAAACCAAGUUUCUGUCUCAAAUCGAGAGUGACCGCCUGGCUCUGCUGCAGGUCCGCUCCAUCCUUCAGCAUCUGGGGCUGGAGAGCACAUGUGAUGACAGUAUCAUCGUGAAAGAAGUGUGCACAGUAGUAGCCCGGAGAGCGGCUCAGCUUUGUGGGGCAGGAGUGGCCGCCGUGGUGGAUAAGAUUAGGGAGAACAGAGGACUGGACUUCUUGAAGGUCACGGUGGGAGUGGACGGGACUCUCUACAAACUUCACCCACAUUUUUCUACCAUCAUGAGACAAACCGUGAAGGAACUAUCUCCAAAAUGCCAGGUGACGUUUCUCCAGUCGGAAGACGGCAGCGGCAAGGGAGCGGCUCUGAUCACCGCGGUGGCCUGUCGGAUCCGGGAAGCCGGCCAGCGCUAGAACAGAAUCAAAGGACUCGUUUGUGUGCAUGCAGAGAAUGGGCUGCUUACAGAGACUCCCUACCACAUCCACCUUUAGUUUAGACUUUGCUAGACUGGAUUAUGGGUGCAAUGACCCAGUUUACCUGGAUACAGGUUAUAUUUGUGUCGGUGAUUUGGCACUGAGGAUUUCCAAAGCCCACCAAAUAUUUAACCAUGAUGCCAAAUGGCUUCAAGUAAAGAUGUACAUAGAUCUAUAUUUUUUAUUCUGUUUGUUCUGUAGGAUAGCUAUGGACUUUCUAAAGAAAUCUUAGUUGGCCACAGCAUUGGUGACCUGUAGUUCCCCAGGCUGACCAUGAGUAAAGUGGAAGGACCACUUGAUCCAAGAACCUGUGGAGGAGACCAUGGGACUGCGAUCUCAUGUUCUCAAGGAGAGUUUAUUCUGCGAUAUUUCAGUACGGUUAUUUUCUUUUCAAAUCUUUUUUUAUUAUUUUAGAGGAAUUAAUUCUGCUUCCCUGUAUUUUAAAACCU